CAAACCUGCCUCAGAUCUCUUUCAUAUUUUUUGAGAAUGGAGGAAUUGAUUGCAAAAAUAUGGUCACUUAUUGGCCUUUUCACUCUCCUGCAAAACAUUCUUCCCCAACCCCUGCACCAAAUCUUAAUGCAGUGGCUAUCAUCUAUCAAGGAUUAUUUCCGUCCCCGCUACUACCAUCUGGAAAUUCCAGAAUACAAGGAUAGUCUUGCAGUCAAUGCGAACGAGCUCUAUUACAACAUUGAACGCUAUCUCGAGAGUUUGGAUGGCAUUACCCGUGCUCGAAGACUGACUGUGUUUCGUGCCAGGAACUCUUCCAAUUUGGGGUUCUGCCCAGCGUUUGAUGAGGUAGUGGAGGACAGCUUCAGGGGAGUCAGGCUAUACUGGACUCACACAGCCCAACCUGAGCCCCACACAGCUGGAGGAGGCGGUGGUGGGAAUGCAAUGAACGAGAGGCGCUGCUUUACUCUCAAAGCGGCACAACCGGGCAAAGAAUUCCUCUGCGCUUACUUCGAUUUCAUUGCAAACCGGGCAGCAGAGCUUAAUUGACUCAACAGAGAUCUCACACUGUAUACCAAUACCGGAGAUCCUAGGUGGGGUGAAGGAUGGACAGGAGUGCCCUUCAAACACUCCUCGACCUUCUCCACUCUCUCGCUCGAUCCCCUGCUCAA